UUUUACCAUAAAAUCCAGUUCAUCCUUCAAUCAAAAACCUUACAUUUCCGGUGCAAAAAUGGCUUCCAUCUACAGCUGUAGGGAGUGCGGAACCGACCUGAACCUAAGAACAACCCAUUAUUCCCUCAGAUUGCUACUUCGAGGCGGGAAACAGGGCACCCUUUCUUUCGCCAUGGUCGACGAGACCAAGUUCAACUUCGAGAAAGAAGAUAAGCUCAGGCCUUUUUUCGAGACCAUUGAUUACUGGGGAAUCCAACGGAACCGAACCAAGAUCAAGUACAACGGCUGUGGUAAACUCGUGGGUCAUAUUUAUGAUGACGGCCUUCCUCUCACGGAUAGUCCCGGUCAGUGGCAUUUGGGCCGAGUCAGGUGA